AUGUCUGCUAAGAAUGAAGUUACCAAUUAUCAAACACUAGAAGAGACUAAGAUGGAAUUAACAAACCGGAAGAUUCUUGAAGAGUUACAGUUGAAGAAGCAGAUGCUGCUGAAACAAGGUGCAGUUGCUCCAUUGACAGCUACCUCAAUAUCCCUGACGCAGCCUAACCCUGUCAGCCAGCUGCCUAUGUGUUCUAUACCACCCGUCUCUGCUACUGCCGGAUUCCCCCAGCUACCUGAAGCUAAUAUAGUAAAUACAAGUCAUAGAGCUGCCCUACAGCACGCAAACGCCACAUCCUGUGGCUACUUUGUAUCCCAAGACUCGUCAUUUGGAAACCAGAUCCUACCAGUGUUACCCAGAUUUGAUAAUAAGUGA